UUCCUGUUUAGAAUCGUCCUCGGUACCGUUGUUGCCGCCACCGUCGUCCUGGACGCAGCACACUUACUAGUGUUGCUUCCCGCCGUGGGCCACGAGACAUGCCGUCGACGGAGGUCAACACUGUCGAGGACACGCAAUUGGGCCUGACGGACGAGGAGAUCGCACUUCUCAGAUACCACCAGGCUCAGGCCGCCGGGUCCUCAUCCUCACGCGCCGCCAGCCGAGCGUCGUCGCAGGGCCGUCUUCUACUCGACAGCUCUAGCCUCGCUACCCUUUCGCGCCAUCUCGACCGGUUGAUGCAUCAGAUCCAAGCUCGCAUUGAGUAUCUCAGCGAACAGAGCUCCAUCGUGACAAUGCAGCAGUAUGACCGUGCUGGCAACUUGGUGGAUAACGCCGAUGCUGAGAUUGCGCGCUUCCAGGACAUCAUGAGCCAGAUCGAUGAGCUCGAGGUUGAUUUCGACCGCAUUGCCCACAUCCGGGAUAUCGUGAGGGACUACCGCCAGCGUGUCGAGCAGCUGGAGCGUGAAUUAGAGUACUCGAACACAUCACGGCGAGAUCGCGACGGCCACCGCCAUCAUCAUUCCCAUCGACAUCAUGGCCAUUCCAGUGGGUCUUCGAGUCGUCGACACCGACAUUAAAUGAUAUUAGUCCCUAUUCAUAGCCACGCGCUGAAUGAUGCACCAAAAAAGCUAUUCCUUUCUAAGAUAUAAGAGCGCGCAGGCGCAUGCAUCUGCUUCAGGAAAGAAACUAAAACCAAAACCCACCCACAGGUUAGAAGACCUCAAAAAUUGCAAAGGAAGAGGAGAAGAGUGGGGGAAAUUCAGCAGCAAACAAAGACGCUGCCACUCGUUGCACCAUCCAAGCUUACAAGGUGACAACAA